GGGAAUCGGCCUCGAAGGAAGACAGCCAAUGCUUCAGGAGCAGAAAGGAGGCUGGAUGGUUACGUCAUUGGCCCGGGCAGGGCUGAAACCUAUCUGCCGGGCUCCGGGCCUUGGGGCUCCGGAGCGUGGAUGGCUGAGUCGGAUCCUGGGGACAGAAACUAUGACAACAUGUUGAAGAUGCUGUCCGACCUAAACAAGGACCUGGAAAAGCUGCUGGAGGAGAUGGAGAAGAUAUCCGUUCAGGCGACCUGGAUGGCCUAUGACAUGGUGGUGAUGCGCACCAACCCAGCCUUGGCAGAUUCCAUGCGGCGCCUGGAAGACGCCUUCUUGAACUGCAAGGAGGAGAUGGAGAAGAACUGGCAAGAGCUGCUGAAUGAGACCAAGCCCAAGCAAUAGGUCGCCCCUCCACGGCCCUCCCUCAGCCUCCAGGGUCCAGACGCCUCUCAGGAGUGUUGGGCCCUCGUUGGCGCCCGUAGAUAGAUGUACAUACCUAAGUGCUCACUGCCCAAUGAAGGUAUUUUCAAGCACA